AUAGCUCUAGAACUUGCAGCACUCUGAUGGGAUCCUGAUGUUAUUGUGCUACGGCACCGGUCCUUCAAGUUGGUCCUAUCAGUGGAAUAGAGUCGCAAUCUCUCCAGGUCUUUUGUCGUGAAGAUCGCUAUUGUCUAGGCUCAAGCUGUGGCUAUCAAGGCUUGUGUGGCGAAAGCCUAAUAGCCAGGAACGGCCAACAUGCGUCUUUGUGGCUCUCGAUAGCACGAGCCAAGCACAUGUCUAGACCCCUUACACCUCCUCCCGACCUGUGAUCCCCUUUUACCAAACGGCGGGCAUUUCUUUCAGACAUUCGAGCCCUGAACAUUGCCUUCAAACGCGGGCCGCUCUUUAAGAACCUUAUCACUCCUAUCCCCUCACUAUUGUGCCCCUGCGAAGAGACAUCAGUUUUCUAGUCUUCCUUACAGACGAAGUAUGGAGUCUACUAAGGAUACUUUGUUCUUUCCCGGAAUUUUCUGGGCCACAGCCCGAUGGACCCAGAUUCUCGGGGUCGGGCUCGCGGCGUGGUUGCUCUACGGAACUUUCCUGGCAAUCUACAGAGUCACCCUCCACCCGUUAGCAAAGUUUCCCGGCCCGAAGUUCGCCGGUGCGACAUACUGGUAUGAGGUAUGGUUCGACGUGGUACGCUGGGGAAAGUUCACGCAUGAGAUCAAACGUCUUCAUGAGAUUUACGGUCCUAUCGUCCGGAUUAAUCCAGAUGAAGUUCAUUGUAAUGACCCAGAGUUUGUGGACAUUAUCUACGCCAAUGGAAGCAAAAAGCGUAAUAAGUCCAAGAUGUUUGUAGAGGGGUUUGCUGCAGACUUGAAGAAUGGAGGAUUUGGCACGGUUGACCACGUUCAUCAUCGCCUCCGCAGAGCGGCUGCCAGCAAGUAUUUUUCAAGAGCGCAGAUUACCAAGCUGGAGUGGGUGAUCCACCAAGAUGCUCAACGACUCUGCGACAAGUUCCUUCGAUAUCAGGGUCGUGGACCAUUCGAAGCAGCGUCAGCGUACAGCUGCUUCACAGCCGACAUUGUCAGCGAUUACUGCUUCGGACAGCCUUUCGGGUUUCUUCAACAAGCUGAUUGGGAACCCAACUUCAAGGAGGCAGUGUAUGCGAUGUUACAGUUGAUCCACAUCAUGAGGCACUUCCCGUGGACGACGUGGUUGAUGGAGGCUAUACCAUUGGGCGUUAUCAGAAAGCUAUCGUCCAAGAUGGGAGCACUUGCUGAGCAGUCCAAGGUAAAAAUGCCGGAGAUGGUCAGGCAGACCAAGUCAGCAUACGAAGCCGGCAUCAAGCGCGAUCGGACGACGGUGAUCCAUUCUCUUCUGGAGUCGGACCUGCCGCCUGAAGAGAAGACGAUUAAGCGACUCACUGGCGAGGCGACGGUGAUGCUCGCCGCCGGCACUGAGACGACAGCUUCAGCCCUCAGUGUGUGCACCUAUCACUUGCUCCGCAACCCGGACGUCGUUGAUAAGAUGAAAGCCGAGCUUCUCUCCGUCACGACGGACCCAAGGCAGAUUCCGACUUGGGCCACUCUGGAGAGGCUACCAUACUUCAGUGCCUCCAUCAUGGAGGCACUGCGUAUGGGAUAUGGUUCCCCAUCGAGAUUACCACGGAUCGCACCGGACGAGGAUUUGGUUUACCAAGGCACGUGGACACCUCCAGGCGCCGCAUCACCAGUUGAGGUGACUCACGUUAUUCCACGAGGCUAUGCGAGUGGUAUGUCGGCGUGGAUCAUGCACCACGACGAGAGGGUGUUUCCCGACUCGAAUAGAUUCCUCCCUGAGAGAUGGCUUGAUGAAGACGGACAGAGGAGGCGGGGUUUGGAACGGUACCUAUUGACGUUCUCCAAAGGAAGCCGGCAGUGUUUGGGCAUGCAGCUGGCAUACUGCGAGCUUCACGUGGCCAUUGCUGCCAUGACGUUGCGCGUCAUGCCGCAGUUGAGACUGUACGAGACGACAGAUGCCGAUAUAGAGUAUGAUUAUGACCUUGCUGUUGCAAUGCCAAAGAAGGGAAGCAAGGGCAUUCGUCUGGAAGUGGUGUGAGAGUGCAGCGUUUGCGCCGAUGGCGCCAUGGGGCCAUAGCUCCCAGAUAAGCUUUGAUGAGCAGCUGAAUGCGAGAAGCUCGUUAUUAUGAAGAUCCAAUAGUGAAAGCAUCCUGGCGUUAUGAGGGG